AUGACUUUGAUAAGCAUCGGGUUUGUUUUCCUUGCCGAAAUUGCACUGGCGCUAGACAAUGGCCUGGCUACCACGCCACAGAUGGGUUGGAAUGAUUGGAACGCCUUUGGGUGCAAUGUGAGCGAAGACCUUGUUUUGAAAACUUCUAGCUACAUGUCUCAAUACGGGCUUCUGGCUGCUGGUUACGAGUACGUCAAUGUCGAUGAUUGCUGGUCAACAUCGCGUGAUCCCACCAACAAUACGAUCCUUGUGGACUAUUCCAAAUUCCCACAUGGCAUGGCCUAUGUAGCGGACCAGCUGCAUGCUUCAGGGUUUAGGUUUGGAAUGUACUCCGACGCUGGAAAUAAAACGUGUGGUGGGUACCCCGGGUCUCUGGGGUACGAGGAUGUUGAUGCAUUUACUUUUGCGAACUGGGGGGUUGAUUAUCUGAAAUAUGAUAACUGCAAUAACGACGGCAUUGCCGGAUCACAGAGCAUAUCGUCCGCAAGCCCCGGCCCGUCAGCGCAAGCUGGAGGCUAUCAAUGCUCCGUUGCAAAUAUUAUAAAUCAACUUGCUCCCAUUGCGUCCUAUGGGUCCAGUGGUGGGUGGAAUAAUUUGGACAUGUUGGAAGUGGGAAAUGGACAAAUGUCAGACGCGGGAUAUAUGACACAUUUUAGCAUGUGGUCUGUUUUAAAAAGUCCACUAAUCAUUGGCACUGAUGUUCUUUCUCUGUCCACGAGUGAUUUUUCCAUACUUGUCAAUCCGGCAAUUAUAGCAGUUAAUCAGGACCCCCUCGGUAUAUCGGCACAGUUGCGUUGGAAUACAUCCAACACUCAAUUAUGGAGUGGGCCUCUGAGCCCGACUGGAAAUUCGACGACUACUCUUGAUAUGGUUGUCGCACUUGUCAAUAUUGGAAAUUCGACGACAGAUAUUGAGGCGUCCAUGUCGGACAUAUUCGCUGGUCAAACACCAGGGGCUUCGAAUUGGGCAAUGAACAACCUCUGGGGUGCACGGCUGAAUGAUACUCAGGCGCAAUCAAUUAUGAGUGAUGGAGCAGCCGCUCAUACUGAUUGGAUCUAUAAUGCAACCGAAGUCCCGUACGCCACCGGUUUAGCACAGAAGGAGCCUCUUUUGCUAGGCACAGGUUCGCCAUUAUUAUCUUCCCAAGCGCAGAAGCGCAGUCCUAAAUUUGUCAAGAUGCAGCCAGCUAGAGUGGCAGCUGCUGCAAUCUUCUUCUGUCUCUCCCUCUGUCAUGGCGUCCCGCACCAGAAACAGUCGUCGGACUACAUCUCGAGCUGCGGUGAUAACUGGAUGGCGCGGGACGAUGUGAGCACAAACAAUGGCGAGAUCCCACGGCGAGGCUACUUGUCGGCCGUCGCAGAGUUCUGCCAAGAGGCAAAUGGCCAGACAGUUCAAGCUGGCAGUUAUCUCUCACUAGCAACUCGCGUCUUUCUAGACGGUGGUGGUGAUCCCUCUUCCAAUGGGAUUCCGGGAUACGUCUAUUUCGAGGUCAAUAACAAGCAGAGUUCCGACUCUCACACGGUUAAUGCGGACAACUGCACCUCGUAUCUACAGGAACUGUCAAACGACAACUCCAAGUGCUGGGGUAGUGAGCACAGCGACACCAAGGGCGGCACCUGGCAGGUCGGCGCCGAUGCCAUCUCCUAUCACGCAUUGGGACAGAGCGUCCCACCAGCUCAGGACGCCGUGGAUAAGCUGUUCACGAACGGUGCAUUGUCAGUCUUGGGCGGUAGUGACGGUGCGGCCCUUAGUCCGUUCCCCUUGAACUUCACCUCAGAUGUGAUACCUCUGCCGUGCCACAGCCACAACGACUACACAAGAAACGUGCCCUUGUACGAUGCACUCAGCGCUGGCUGCACGAGCGUCGAGGCCGAUGUAUGGCUGCAUAGCAACACGUUGCGCGUUUCGCACACUGACCCGGGCGAUAGCGGGCCGACCAUCCAGGACUUGUACAUUGAUCCUCUAGUUGCGCUGUUGGAUGCGCAAAAUCCAGACAGUGGCAGCUCGAAGGGUGUCUAUCCCCAAAACAGCACCCAGUCCCUCGUUCUGCUUGUCGACUUCAAAAGUGACGGUGACUCUACCUGGGAUGCGGUCUUCUCCUCCUUGCAGCCACUCAGGGACGCCGGUUACCUGAGCCACUGGGAUGGAUCUCAGUUCGUAUCAGCUCCCAUCACCGUUGUGACUAGUGGUAACGCGCCAUUGUCCAAGGCGGCGAACGGCUCAGCCAACCCCAGCCAGGACAUGUUUAUGGAUAGCCGCGUGGACGAGUCACUGGAUGGAUUCAACACCUCCAAUACGUACUACGCAAGCGCUGAUUUUGAGAGCGCCAUCACUAGCUCGGGCUCAGCGCCUCUUUCGUCUUCGAACCAGCAGAAGCUGUCAGACCAAGUGAGCGCAGCGCAUGUGAAAGGAUUUCUUGCUCGAUACUGGGACAUCCCAAGCUCUGACUUGUGGCAGGAGCUGGUGGACUCAGGUGUCGAUAAGCUGAAUGUUGAUGACCUCGACGCCGUAGCGAGCGUAGACUUCCACAUAUCAUCAUAG